AUGCCAGCUGGAUGGAUACGCCGGAUGGACAAAGAUACAUUUGUACUCAGGGAAUGUUGUGAAGUCCAUCACUUGUCGUACAGUGAAUGGCCAGACCAUACCGCACCUCUUGAUCCGACUGCCACUGUCAAAUUACUCAAGCUCACCCGACGUCUCACCAAUAACAAUCCAGUUGUCGUCCAUUGCUCAGGAGGAAUUGGACGAGCCGUCUGCUUUAUAGGUAGGUCGCAUAAAAAUAUCGAGCAUUCAAUGUCGAGUGAAUCUGUUGCAAUGCGCCAAAGCUUCCGCAGACAAUCGGUGAGGAAACUAGGAAUCGACUGUGUAACAGCUACAAAAGGUUUAGGAAUCGAUUACAUAUCACAAAAAGUAAAGGAGAACAGUAAUGUGAAAAUGGUGGAUAUGCUGAAAGACCUCAGAAAUCAGCGAUUUCAAGGUGUUCAAAGUAUCAUACAGUACACUUUUAUUCACAUAUGUGUGCUGGAACUAUUUGUUCAAGACGGCAUUCUUCCUCGCGAGGGGAAAUAUUCAGAAUUUCUUCGAAAGUACGUGAACAUGCUGACUCGAUACAAUAGACGAAUCGAAGCAGCAACCAAGGAAGAAACGUCGAAAAGAGAAGAGAAGAAGGAGAAAGAGGAAAAAUCCAAAAACUUGUCUCAUCAAGACAAACCCAGUCUUUAG